ACAUUUGUACCGUUGUUAUUUUUUGUCCGUUUCCUGGAUUCUCCAAGUCCGUUGGAGUUCUACCCAGGCGCGCAGGAGAGAGAGAUGGCACACAGUGAGAACCAACAGUCGCCCUUUUCUGAUAUAAUAGAAUUAAACGUCGGCGGGCAAGUGUAUGUAACUCGACAUGCAACUUUAGUCUCCGUCCCAAACUCUCUCCUGUGGACUAUGUUCAUACAGAAGAGCCCUACAGAACUACCGAAAGACAGAAAAGGACGCUACUUCUUUGACCGGGAUGGAUUUCUGUUCAGGUAUAUUCUGGAUUAUCUGCGGGAAAGGGACAUCGUUCUACCGGACUUCUUUAAGGAGCGGGGUCGGUUACAGAAGGAGGCAGAGUUCUUCCAGCUGCACGAGCUCUCACAGCGUCUCAAACCCGCGGUGAGUAAAGACAACUCUCUCCGGGACGAGCUGGGCGCCCACGGGGACCCGGAAGAGGCUUCGCUCGCGUGCGCUCUGGGUAGUAGCAGCAUCACCACGACCGCGGUGAGCAGCCCGACUCCGAGCCUUCGCUCCCCGUUCCAGAAGUUUGGCUUUAUUACCAUUGGUUACCGGGGCUCCUACACCAUCGGGAGGGAUAUUCAAACGGACGCCAAGUUCAGGCGAGUGGCUAGAAUAACGGUUUGCGCAAAGACGUCCCUGGCCAAAGAAGUUUUCGGAGAGACUCUGAACGAGAGCAGAGACCCGGACAAACCACCUGAGAGGUACACCUCCCGGUACUAUCUAAAGUAUAACUUUCUCGAGCAGGCGUUCGACAGGCUCGCGGAGGUCGGGUUCCACAUGGUGGCUUGCAGCUCCACGGGCACGUGCGCGUACGCGAGCAGCGACCCGAACGAGGACAAAAUCUGGACCAGCUACACGGAAUACGUGUUCUCCCGGGACUGACCAACCCGUUACCGGCCGUUAGGAAGCUUUACCUGAGGGUACUGGGACAGUGACGUCAUGUGACGCUCACCUGUACGGUAGAGAGACUACCUGCAGAAAUGCGACAACUCCCCCUAUCUUCUUUAUAUGUCCCGUCUGAUUGUGGGAAAGGUUAAAGGUUACUGAGGAUUAUUCUGAAAGUAUGGACAUAUUGUUUGUUGUUUUGCCUGUAUAAGUCUAAUGGAGGUAUGUUUCAUGUUGCAGACCAGUCUAUAUUAUACAGUUAUACGACUGUUGUGACAGGAGAAAGAUGUUCUCAAUGUUUUUCUACUAACAUGCCAAUACACACACAUUUACACACACACACACACACACACACACACACACACACAUUUACACACACACACAUUUACACACACACACACACACACACA